AUGGCCUCAGCUUCACGCUCCAGCCCUCCGGACGGAGGCUGGGGCUGGGUGGUGGUGCUCGGCGCCUUCAUCUCCCUCGGCUUCUCCUACGCUUUUCCCAAAGCCCUGACCAUGUACUUCAAGGAGAUCCAGCGGCACUUCAGUGUGUCCUACAGCCAGAUCGCCUGGGUUUCCUCCAUCAUGCUGGCUGUUACGUAUGCAGGAGGUCCAGUGAGCAGUGUGUUGGUGAAUCGCUAUGGCAGCAGACCUGUGGUUAUUACAGGAGGCCUCAUGUGCAGCGUGUCGAUGGUGGCGGCUUCAUUCAGCAGAACCAUCACUCACUUGUACAUAUGUGUCGGGAUCAUCGGAGGUCUUGGACUUUCUUUUAACCUCCAGCCAUCCCUGACUAUAAUUGGGAAGUACUUCCAGGUCAGGAGGCCCAUCGCCAAUGGCCUGGCCAUGGCAGGUAGUCCGGUUUUCCUCUGCACGCUGGCACCUCUGAACCAGUUCCUGUUUGAACGUUUUGGCUGGAGGGGAAGCUUCUGUAUCCUCGGGGCCAUGCUGCUGAACUGCUGUGUGGCCGGAUCACUAAUGAGACCUCUAAAUGAUGGUGGCCCCCGCAGACCCAAGACAAAUGGAGCCGUGAAGAUAAAUUGUUGUGAAAAUGAAGCCCAGGUGCAAACCAAAACAAAGAGGUGCUGCUCAAAAAGUGUCAGCUGCUUCAUGGACCUGUCUCUCUUCCAUCACCGUGGUUUUAUCAUCUACCUAAUAGGAAACAUGCUAAUGUUCUUUGGCAUUGUUGCGCCAAUGAUCUUUUUGGCACCGUAUGCCAAGCACCGUGGCAUGGACGAGUACUCGGCUGCCAGCUUGCUCUCUGCACUGGCGCUUGUGGACAUGUUUGCCCGGCCAGGCACGGGCAUCCUCGCCAACACCGCUCGUGUGAGGCCCAGGAUCCAGUACCUCUUCAGCUUUGCCAUUACCUACAAUGGCGUGUGCCACCUGCUGUGCCCGCUGGCCUCCGGUUAUUGGGGGUUGAUGGCGUACGCAUUGUGUUACGGCCUGGUGUACGGCAUGGUGUUCGCCCUGCUUUUCGAGUGUCUCAUGGAUGUGGUAGGACCGAGCAAGUUCUCCAGCGCCGUGGGACUCGUCACGAUCUUCGAGUGCUGCCCGGUUCUGCUUGGACCACCCAUUGCAGGUGCACUAGUAGACAUGUUUGGCGACUACAGCUACAUGUUCUACAUGUGUGGCGCUGUGAUGCUCACUGCUGGCCUUUUCCUCUUCGCCAUGAACUUCUACAACUACAGACGAAGAGACACGAUUCGGCACGCCCGAGAGAAAGGCGCUGAGCUGGCCGAGAGGAACGACGGAGAUGAACAAAGUCAGGGCAUGGAUUGUGGGACACUUGAGGUCAGAUCAGAGAUGGAGGACAUCCCUUUAUAG